UUUCAGACGGCCCAUGUAAUAUCAUGGAAACGGCACGCAGUUCAUCAUUGAGAUUCAGAUGCUUCGCUGUCCACAAAGCAUAUACGGAUCUUUCGCACGUGGGAGAUCUUAGCCUCGUAAUAGAAAGAGAAAAACACAAGCGGAGCAAUUUACGCCUUUUCCUUCCACCAUCGUUUUUUCAGGUUUAUCAUUGUUUAUCGCAUCUUUCUGGAGGAUCUAGCCGCUGCUAUCAUGAAGUUCUUGGAGUACACUAACCUAGACAGAUUGAAUGUUUUUCUGGGUCAUCUUAAUCUCGGGGAAAGGACUAUCAAAGGUUGCUUGGAAGCUUAUUCUUGCAAACAUGCAGGAAGUGAUAAAAGAUUGUCUCUUAGUUUGGAGAAUGAGAUGCUUGAUUAUCUUGGGAAAUCUUCUGACACCGACUCUUCUUCACCCGUUGAUCUCUUGUUAAGCAGAUCAAGUCGAAAGGCUUUGAUCUACUUGGUUCUUACGCUCUAUCAAAUGUAUCCGGACUACGAUUUCAGCGCUGUCAAAGCACAUCAGUUUUUCUCGGAGGAAAGCUGGGACACCUUUAAGCAGAUUUUUAACAACUAUAUGUUUGAAGCUUCUAAGGAAUGGACUGAGAGGAAUGAGGAUGGUUCCCUUCUUGAGGUGAUCUACAAGGCUCUUGAUGAGGUCGUAAAACUAGCUGAAUGUGAGAUAUAUGUUUACAAUCCAAAUCCUAAUGCUGAUCCUUUCCUCGAGGAAGGAGCAAUAUGGUCUUUCUGUUUCUUAUUCUACAACCGAAAACUGAAGCGCGUUGCGGGUUUUCGUUUCUCCUGCACGAGGUUAGAUGAUUGUCAUCCUACCAAGUUGUCUUUCUCUCUCACUGUCUUCUUCUUAAAAAGUACUUCCAACUCGAAAAAUGUUUUGUUGCAGUAACCUGGCAAAUGAUGCAUUUCUCACUGACAGUCCUCCAUAUGAAGAGGAUGAAGAGAUCUUUGCCGACAUGGAUAUGUGAUCUCUGUAUCGUUAUGCUGAGUCACAUAUUCUGUGGAAACCUGUAUCUAUGUGACUAUGUGUGAUCUCUAGUCUCUAGGCUUGUAUGAGUCCGAGUCGAAGUCCAAGGUUAAGCUCUUCGCUUUCCUUUAUCUGUGUAGUUGACGUGACUACUAAUAAUACUCUGUACUAUGUCAUGUGCAAAUACUUAUCAGGCAUUGUCGUAAUCUAAUGUACCUAAAUUCAACUGAAGAGAAAAAAAGUUGAGAUUUUGUGUU